AUGGCGAUGCUUAUCUGCAAUUCCGACACCAACACGGGAGAUCGUGGACCGCAAGAUCUUAUUCUCCAGGUGCACGGUGAUCGAUGUCCCGAUGGUCGGCCCAAGUACCAAGUCGUUAGCUCGCUCCAUCCGUCCGCGAUGCCUCUCCGUUACCCGCUACUAUUUCCUGCAGGGGAAGAUGGCUUCCACCCCAACAUCCCUCUUUGCGGGUUCCACCAAGCCGGUCCGCCAAUCGCCAGAAACCGAGAGCAGAUCGACAAUGGUGUCCAAUUGCGCGAGGUACUUGCCGGUCUUGGUCUGGAUGACGAAGACGAAGAGGAGGACGAAGACCGCGACGAUGAGGAUGAAGACGGCGAGGAAGGUGAAGGUGAACGUAAGCGUCUUCGGCUCUUUCUCACGUCUUCCAUUCUGUUGAGACGUAAGCACAGACUGACACAGAAUGUUUGAACAUCUAGCACGAAGAUCAAGGAGAAGGUCUCGAGGUGGAUCAACCCGAGUCUUGCGUUCCCAAUUCUUUGCAUACUACUCUCACGAACGCGGCAACAAUCUCUCAAUCCCGUGUUCCACCCGGCGUUUCUUUCUCGAGGUCCGUGAUCGACGGAUACUCCCAAGUCGAGACCGAUCGACUGAACUCCAUCCGGUUGCAUCAAGAAAACCUGCUCCUCACCACGGCCCAAGGCAUCGCUGAAGCUGUUGCCAACGGCUUGACCCCGGAUCAAAUGGGACGUUCGGUGAUUUUUGGGCUCGAUCAACGUUGAAGCACAGGCCGUGCGAGAUCACGCAGGUUACCAAGGUACGAUGGCUUGCGUCUUCAAAUAUGAAAAGCCUUCGCUGUUCAUCACGGUGACGUGCAUCCCCGGACGGCCGGAAGUCCAGGCUGCACUCGGGCCAAAGGACCAAGCAUGCAACCGCCCGGAUCUCAUUGCACGAGUGUUUGAAGCCAAGCUGAACCGACUCUGCGACGACGGCAACAAGCAAGGUACAGGCUGUUUCGGCGUCGUUCUGAUGCAUACACACGUGAUCGAUUAUCCGUCGAGGCAGCCGAAACUGAGGGUGGGAUGGCGCCCGAUCUGAUUUCGCCGGUGUAUCUGCAUUCAAUCAACCCGUCCGACUUCCCCGCGCAUCACUUGCGUCUCCGAGUCAAGGAAGGGAUCCCUGUAGUUCUUCUUCGCAAUCUGGACCCAGACGCCGGCCUCUGCAACGGUACUUGCCUUAUCGUCUUGCACGCAAGAUCGCAAGUCAUUCCAGCCAUCAUCUUGACCGGAGAUUGAGCGGGCAUCCGAAUGCAACUAGCAGUCGCCAACUUGGUUUCAUUAUGCGCCGGCUCCACCCCCGCUUCGAGUUGCUUUGGCCACGACGAUCAACAAAGUCCUAGGUCAAUCACUCGAUUGUGUUGGCGUCGAUCUCUCCCUGCAUCCCGUCUUCACUCAUGGGCGGCUGUAUGUGGCAUUGUCUCGAGCCAUGAGUGUUGAUCGAAUCAAGGUGCUACUGCCCUCUCGGGACCCCGCCGAUGAUGUCAGAACCCAAUCAUACUGAUUCUCUUCUAAUUCUAUUUACUUCUCAUGCCACUAUUCCACUCCUACUUUGCACUCCUACUUUAGCCUAUUACCCUCUACGCCGGAUCCCAGCGCCUGAUCGAGACUCGGUUGACACGUUGGCUUGGGUUGAAGUCGCGCGCCUCGCGGGCACUCGUCUCUCUUCCUUCUUCAUCCAUCUUCCAUCCUCGAUCUUGCGCUCGUACUCAACCCCUUGAGUCGGGAUCCAGGUCAGUCCUUUUGCAAUGCUUCAUCCAUCUUCCAUCCUCGAUCUUGCGCUCGUACUCAGCCCCUUGAGUCGGGAUCCAGUCCUCCAUACUUCUCAUAGAUGAUGACGACGACUUACCUGCCGUAGCCUGCCGUCGAUCGAGCGGCAGCCGCAACCACCGCGACCCCAAAUCCAGUAUUCUGCUCUGUUCUCAGGGCAAUGAAUGGAGAACUGUUUCUUUGCUGUACUUCGUAGUGUGUUUAUUUAACCUCUGUUGA